GAAAAGCAGCCAGGUUUAAUUCAUUGAGGUGGAAGCGAAGGUCCUUCAGCAGGAUGGAUCCGUUUGAGAGUCCUGCAACCCAGCGGCGUAAGGCCAAGCUGAUGUUUGGCCUGAAAAUGAAGAAGAAGAAGAAGAAGAAGGUCAACACAGACCUGGUCCUGGCAAACAAGGGAGCUGUGGACACUGAGGCAGAUGUGCCGUCAGAAGAGUCUCCCCUGCUGGAAGGAGAAAACUCUGAGGAUCAAGCAGGAACCUCUGCAGUCAGAACCAGAAUAAUACCACACAACAAGAGGUCCAAACUGAAAACUCGCGUCCAGGAGAGUGAAUGGAAACCACAGAGCUUCCAGAUUUCCAUUAACAUCACGGAGGCCAGACAGCUGGUGGGGGAGAACAUUGACCCCAGUGUGGUGAUCGAGAUCGGUGAUGAGAAGAAACAGACGUCAGUCAAAGAAGGAACCAACGCUCCUUUUUACAAUGAGUAUUUCGUGUUUGACUUCUUCGCCCACAAAGAGGUCUUCUUCGACAAAGUUAUCAAACUCACGGUGAUGCACUCUAAGAUGCUGCGGAGUUUCUGUAUCGGCUCCUUUAAGCUGGAUGUGUGGACAGUCUACAAACAGCCAGGUCACCAGUUUGUCAAUAAGUGGGCCAUGCUGACCAAUCCUGGUGACAUCAGCACUGGGGUCAAAGGUUAUGUCAAGUGUGACAUCAGCGUCUCAGCAAAAGGAGACUCCGUGCAACCCGGUCCAAAAACGAGUGAUGCUGAAGAGCAGAUAGAUAAGAACCUGCUGAUACCAGAGGGUUUUCCCUCCGAACGACCCUGGGCCCGUUUCUGUGUGAAGGUGUAUCGAGCUGAAGGUCUUCCCCGGAACAACUCCAGCAUCAUGGCCAACGUCACCAAGGCCUUCAUAGGAGACAACACGGCACUCAUAGACCCAUAUGUAGUGGUCAGCUUCUUCAAACAAGUGGGUCGCACAUCCACUCAGAAGUCCACAGCAGACCCGGUGUGGAACGAGCAGAUUGUCUUCACGGAGAUGUUUCCUCCUCUGUGUCAGAGACUGAAGAUCCAGGUCUGGGAUGAGGGAAGCAUGAGUGAUGUUGCCAUAGGAACCCAUUACUUUGACCUGAGACGCAUCUCCAACGAACAGGAUGGUGACAGAGGGUUUUUACCAACCUUCGGUCCCGCUUGGAUCAACAUUUACGGCUCGGCCCGAAACUUUUCAUUAGGCGACGACACUGUGGAGCUGAACGAGGGCAUCGGAGAGGGCGUGUCAUACAGGGGGCGGGUCUACAUGGAGCUGGCAGUGGAGAUCCUAUCAGGAGGGACGGGUUCGGAGUCCAAACUCAUUCGAAUGAUCAAGCCCGCGAAGGACACUAAAGCAGGAAAGGCCGGAGGGAAGGAUGGGAAGACCGCUGCAGGAGGAGGAGCGGGAGGAGCAGCAGGAGGAGCCGCUGAUGACGACAAAGGGAAAGCUUUGGCAGCAGAGGUCCUGCCCGUGGAAUCUCCCUCUGUGCUGGAUGCCGACAAGGAGACCUUCCUGCUGUUUGGUGUUUUGUUUGAAGCCGCCGUGAUUGACAGAAAGAUUGGAGACAAACCAAUCAGCUUCGAGUUCUCCCUGGGUAACUAUGGUAACACCUUAGAGCCGACGGGCCAGCCCAGCCACAGCGUCAGUCCUGCUGUCCCUCGGAGGAGAAGAGCACUGGACGUCCCAGAAAGCAGUGACAUCCUCGGCUCCUCCCCUCUCAGCUCCCCCCCGAUCUCCCCGUCUUCCCCCCUCCUACCCAGAGACCUUCAGGACACCGCCUCCGCCUCCAAGUCCACCACCUGUCCUGAAAAACCGCUCAUCGUCGAAGGAAACAGGUACUACAUGCAUCUGCCCCUGGAGAAGCAGAAGCCGUGUAUUAAUGUGCUGAGUUACUGGGAGGACAGAGCUUACCGACUCUACAACUCGAAUAUGCUGGAGAACAUAGCUGUUCUGUUUGAAGAGGGCGUGGCCAGUGCGGCAGAGCUACACAAGAAGUCAGAUCCUGGGGCGGAGAAUAUGCUCAAAACCAUCCUUAAAGAAUUCUGUAUGGAUGCCAGGAGUUUCAUAGCAGCAGCAGAAGCCAAGCUGAAGGCGGAGCUAAAGUCCAGUUACCUGACACAGCUGGACAAGAAACGCCUCACCAUGUGUACACAGGAGCUGGACGGUAUGAUAGAAGAGGCCCAGUCUUUGGGAGAAAGGAAGAGAAAAGCUGGUGGAGUGAAAGAAAUGCUGCUGGAUGCAACAAAACUCACACACAGACUACGCUUUCUUGUGCAGGAGCCCCAGCACACAGUACCUGACGUGUUUGUGUGGUUGCUAAGCAAUAACAAGCGCGUUGCGUACGCCCGGGUCCGAGCCAGAGAUCUGCUGUUCUCCAGCAGCCAGGAGGCCCGAGGGAUCCACUGCGGCAAGAUAAUAACACUGUUCCUGAAGCCUCCAGGGAAGCGUGUUGCCGGCUUGUCAGUCCAAGCAAAGCUGGAUGUGUAUCUGUGGUUUGGAACCUGUUCAGACUCCCGCCACAUGCUGGACGACCUGCCUGCAGGAUUCACUCCGACCAGAGGGGGCGCUGAUUCCAACAGCCCUCCAACACACCUGCUCUGCACAGAGCAGCAUCAGUUCCAGCUGAGGUGCCACAUGUAUCAGGCUCGUGGUCUGAUCGCUGCCGACAACUCUGGCCUGUCCGACCCUUUCGCUCGUGUCACCUACCUGUCACACAGCCAAACCACCAAUAUUAUCAGUCAGACUCUCAGUCCUACAUGGAACCAGUGUUUGCCGAUGGGCCGUCUGCUGCUGAGUGGAGAUCUGCAGUACAUCCAGCAGGAGCCGCCACGCAUCCUCAUCGAGGUGUACGACGACGACGCACUGGGCAAGGCAGAGUACCUGGGAGCCACAGUAGCAGUGCCUGAGGUUCGGUUGUCCUCUGACAGCUACUCGCCUCCAACACUGCAAUACAGCCCCCUGCACUGCGGCAGCCAGCCAGGAGGAGACCUGCUGGCUGCAUUUGAACUGCUGCAGAUCCCAGAGUCUGGAGAGCAGAAUCUGCCGCCGCUGGAGGAAGAGGAAGGAGGCAUCUACACGGUUCCUGCCAACAUCAGACCCGUUCUCAGCACCUACAGGCUGGAGGUUUUAUUCUGGGGCCUGAGGGAGCUGAAGAAGGUUCAGCUCCUGUCUGUCGAUCGUCCACAGGUCUUUAUUGAGUGUGCAGGUAAAACUUUGCGUUCCUCCGUCAUUCAGAAGUACAAGUCCAACCCAAACUUCAGCACGCUGGUUGAUGCCAUAGAGCUGGAGUUACCAGAGAACGAACACCUCCACCCUCCUCUCAGUAUCACUGUCGUUGACUGGCGGGCCUUCGGUCGCAGCACGCUGGUCGGGAACCACAUCAUCAACAACCUCAGGGCCUUCAAAUACACUCCGCCUCCAGCCCUGCCUGCUCCCGUACAGACACACCCACCACCCAAAGUCACAUACACCGCUGAACCUGCACCGACGCCAGAGCAACAGAGCGCUGAGGGACAGCCACAGCAUGCUGGAGAGACCAGCUCCACUGUGGCACUAACAAAUCAGGAUUUCCUUAUCACUAUUGAUGAUGAAGCCCCGCCUCCAGCCCCGCCCACUCCUAAGCAAGAACCCAGGAAGAAAAAGGAGAGCGGCAUGAGGAGCACCCACCGAUCCACCAAGCGGAGGAGGCGGACCAUCGCUGACGAAUCGGCAGAGUGUGUCAUCGACUGGUGGUCCAAAUACUACGCGUCUGUCGAGAAGCAGGUCAAACAGAGGGACGGCUCCCCUUUCCCCCAGGUCUUUGAAAAAGGUAAGAACUCCACUGUCGUGUCUGUCAUGUCUGAUGUCAACAGUCCAGAUCAGAGGGCUGUACUGGACUACUUCCUGGGAUUCAGCUCCCACUCGGACGGAGACAAGAAGAAAAAGCAGAAAGGAAAAGGAACUCUGGAGCCCAAUGUUGGUCUGUCCACUAAACUAGCCACACUCAAGCUGUACAACAGGGAGCUGGAGGCGGAGUUCGGGCCGUUCGAUGACUGGGUGAACACCUACGAGCUGUUCAGAGGGAAAGCUGGUGAUGAAGAUGGGCCGAGUGAUGAGAGGUUUGUCGGCAAAUUUAAGGGGAAAUUCUGCCUGUACAAGCUUACCGAGGACGAGGCAGAAGACUGGGAUGAAACCGCAGACACGGGACACUUCAAAGUCAGCAGAGGAAUCCCUCCCAACGGCCCGGUCCAAGUCCUCAUACGGGUUUAUAUAGUCUCUGCGUCCAACCUGCACCCAGCUGACUCGGAUGGGAAGGCGGACCCCUACAUUGUGGUUCGCCUUGGCAAAAAUGAAAUCAAAGACAGAGACAACUACAUUCCUAAACAGCUCAAUCCCGUGUUUGGAAGGUCUUUUGAGAUGCAGGCGACCUUCCCUCAGGAGUCUCUGCUGUCAGUGCUGAUCUAUGACUACGACCUGGUGGGAGGGGACGACCUGAUCGGAGAGACUCGCAUUGACCUGGAGAACCGGUUCUACAGCCGACACAGAGCCACCUGCGGACUCCCCACCGAGUACAGUCUUGACGGUUAUAAUGCCUGGAGAGACUGUCUGAAGCCGUCGGAGCUGUUGUCUAAGCUGUGCAGAGAAAAUGGUGUGGAUGGUCCUCAUUUCAGACCAGGACGCAUCACCGUGGCAGAAAAAGUCUUCACUGGCAAAACACUCUUCAUGCAUGAAGACCAGCCGGUGGAGUCCUAUGAGCACUUGUCUCUGAAGAUCCUGCACCGCUGGGCAGAGAUGCCAGAUGUGGGAUGUAAGCUGGUACCAGAACACAUCGAGACCAGAACUCUGUUCCACAAGGCCCGGCCUGGCAUGGACCAGGGUCAGGUGCAGAUGUGGGUUGACUUGUUUCCCAUGGAUUUGCCUCAUCCUGGACCUUCAGUGGAGAUUUCACCUCGGAAACCAAAAGGGUACGAGCUGCGAAUCAUCAUCUGGAACACAGAGGAUGUGAUUCUGGAGGACAGUAACUUCCUGACUGGUCAACAGUCUAGUGACAUCUAUGUCAAAGGCUGGUUGAAAGGUUUAGAGGACGACCGACAGGAGACUGAUGUUCACUACAACUCUCUGACUGGAGAAGGAAACUUCAACUGGCGCUUUGUCUUCCCCUUCAGCUACCUGCCUGCUGAAAAGGUGAUAGUGGUGAGAAAAAGAGAGAACAUUUUCUCUCUGGAUAAAACAGAGCAGAAGCUUCCUGCCAUCCUUAUUCUGCAGGUCUGGGACUUUGAGACACUGUCCUCUGAUGACUUCCUAGGCACUGUGGAGUUGGACCUCCAUGGUUUCACUCGUGGGGCAAAGACGGCCAAGUCCUGUAAGGCAGACAUGUUGACGGAUGGGACAGAGAAAAUCUCCAUAUUCCAGCAGAAGAGAGCGAGAGGCUGGUGGCCCUUCAGCAAAUCUGGAGAGCUGACUGGGAAGGUGGAGGCGGAGUUUCACCUUGUAACUGCUGAGGAGGCGGAGAAAAAUCCUGUCGGCAAAGCCCGCAAGGAGCCGGAGCCACUUCCGAAACCAAAUCGUCCAGACACCUCCUUCUCCUGGUUCGUCAACCCAUUCAAGUGUUUCUUCCACCUAGUGUGGAGAAGCUACAAGAAGUACAUCAUCAUCGCCCUGCUCCUGCUCAUCACGCUGCUGUUCCUCGCCCUGCUCUUCUACACACUGCCAGGAGCCAUCUCUAACAAGAUAGUGGGAGGAUAAUCUAACCUAUCCUCAUAAUAC